AUGGGAACAGUUUCGACAAAACCUAACGCCAUUCCCGUCUACCCACAGUGGUGGGGGAAGCUGCCUGAUGUGAGGACAUCAGCGGCACACGACAAGGCACAGAUGGAGCCGAUAUGUGGCAGAGAGAACGAAGGAGAGAGGAUGAGCAGCCAUGAAGUGCAGACGCAGCCGCCCCAUGAGGGCAAUAGGCCAGAUAAGGAUAAUACAUUACCACUGUGGUGGAGAGAAAUGCAGUCUGAUGAGCUACGAACAUAUCUGGAAUGCGAGUGGUGUGAGAUACCUAUUCUGCGAGCCUUGGGGAAAAAAAAGGGAGGGCAGUACCCUCAAGGUGUCCCCAGGACCCGUGCAAAGCAGUCAUACGAUCUACUGGCUAAGAAGGUGGCCAGGAUGUCAGCCGAAGAGGCGGCUGUACUCAUGCGACUAGCUCCAAAGAGAUACUUGACCCGUGCAAGCGCAGGGAAGAAGGCUUCUUUCAAGGCAUUACUCCAACAGGUACGGCUGAGAGGCAUGGACUAA